GAGGAAACAAUCUUGGAGAGUUCACGUGAUUGCUCAAGACCAUUCAGCUUACAAGAGACAGAUGGGGAUUUUUCGGCCAGGUGCUCCAGAAGGCUCUGUCCUGGAAUAAUCUGGAAGCAGCUGUUAAAGUGCUGAGACCUGGCUCCCUGCCCUCCCCAAUCCACUGGAUCAGAGUCUGAAGGGUGAAGCCUGGAAAUCAACACUGGGGUCACCAGCUAAAAUACAGGAUGCCAGGUACACUUGAAUUUCAGAAUGCGGUGAAAGACCCGUUUUUGAGAGAGGAGCUCAGUUUUCCAGAAUCAUAGGAGGGAUGGAGGCUGAGGUGGGUGAGUUUCCAUGGCAGGUGAGUAUUCAAGCAAGAAAUGAACAUUUCUGCGGUGGCGCCAUCAUCAACGAGUGGUGGAUUGUCUCGGCGGCUCACUGCUUUCACUCUGAGAUCUCGCCAACAGAACUGAGAGUCGUGCUGGGAACCAAUAGCUUAAGCAGCCCAUCCCUGGAAAUAAAGGGGGUCACAAGCAUAAUUCUGCACAAGGACUUUCAGAAACUCAACAUGGACAAUGAUAUCUCCUUGCUGCUGUUGGACACGCCCAUCACAUUCAGCGAACUGAAAGAACCCAUCUGCAUGCCCACAGAGCCCGGCCUCGCCAGGUGGCACAAAUGCUGGGUGGCAGGAUGGGGGCAGACCCAAACUGGUCUCAAACAGCCUAUGGAAACAGAGCUGCUGAAAGUGCCCAUGACCAUCAUGGAUUGGGAGAAGUGUUUAAAGGAAUUUCCAAGACUUACCAAAAAUAUGCUGUGUGCCGGAUACGAGAAUGAGACCUACGAUGCUUGCCAGGGUGACAGCGGGGGGCCUCUCGUCUGCACCACAGAAUCUGGCAAGAAGUGGUUCCAGGUGGGCAUCAUCAGCUGGGGAAAGAGUUGUGGACGGAAGAACAUUCCAGGAAUAUACACCUUGUUAGAAAACUACCACUCCUGGAUCAAGAAGGUGACUGAGUUAGAGGGACGGCCCUUUAGUGCUGAGGAAAUGAUAGCCUCUCCCGAACAAAAAUCAAAGAGCUCUCGGGCUUCAGAAUUCCCAGAGCCAGGCAGCCCCAGAUUCUGGCUCCUGCUCUGCCUUCUGCCCUACGUGGUGUUUUAAGCUAUUUUUCUACAAAUAAUAAAAUAGAUGCUACUCGUUAACCAA